AUGUCUUCAGUCAAGGUCCACAAUGUUGGAAUCAUUAUGAACGGCGUUACCGGACGCAUGGGGACGAACCAGCACCUUAUCCGAUCUAUCUGCGCUAUCCGAGCCGAGGGCGGCAUUACCACUACCGAUGGUGAGAUCAUCAUGCCUGACCCUAUCUUGGUCGGUAGGAACCUUGCAAAACUUGAAACUCUCGCGAAAAAACACGGAAUCGAGCGAGUCACAACAGAUCUGGAUGCCGCAUUGGCCGAUCCACAAAACACAGUCUACUUCGAUGCGCAGGUCACAUCUUUACGACAAGAUGCAGUCAAAAAGGCCGUCGCGGCGGGCAAGCAUAUUUACUGUGAAAAGCCAACCGCCGUUACGACAGCCGAGGCGCUCGAGCUUUCUCAAAUUGCAGAGAAGGCGGGCGUGAAGAACGGUGUUGUGCAGGACAAGCUUUGGUUGCCUGGCCUUGUGAAGCUGAAAGGUCUCGUGGACAGCGGCUUCUUUGGAGAGAUUUUGUCCGUCCGUGGUGAAUUCGGGUACUGGGUCUUUGAUGGGGAGAAUGUUGUCUGCCAACGUCCUAGCUGGAACUACCGGAAGGAGGAAGGUGGCGGUAUUAUCUCGGAUAUGUUUUGUCACUGGCACUAUGUAAUCAACUCCCUAUUUGGCGAGAUCAAGUCCGUUUCUUGUCUUGGUGCGACUCAUAUCAAGAAGCGACGUGAUGAGCAAGGCGAGGCAUAUGACUGCACUGCUGAUGACAGUGCUUAUGCGACGUUUGAGUUGAAGAAUGGCGUUAUUGUGCAGUUCAACUCUUCCUGGGCUGUUCGUGUGCGUCGAGACGAUCUUCUUACUAUCCAGGUGGACGGCACGAAAGGCAGUGCCGUGGCGGGUCUGCGGGAUUGUGUUGUUCAACAUGAAAGUGUGACACCGCGGCCGACUUGGAAUCCUGAUGUCGCUGGUACGGUUGACUAUAAGGAUGGGUGGAGUAAGGUUCCUGAUCGUGAGAUGCUUGAAAAUGCCUUCAAGACUCAGUGGACAAUGUUUCUUCAGCAUGUUGUCAAGGAUGAACCAUGGCAGUAUAAUCUAUUGGAGGGGGCUAAAGGUCUUCAGCUGGCAGAGAAGGCCAAGGAGAGUUGGGAGAAGCGUUGUUGGGUCAACCUUGCUCAGUUGGAAUCCAAGCUUUAA